CGAGCUUCUAUUUAACCAACAUCCCAAUUUCGCGCACUACGAACUAGCAGUUCAAGUUGUUCACGCACACGUUCGAACUUUGCAGAACGCGAAAAAAUCGCGCUAGACUUGACAAUAAUUAUGGCCCUGACACCACCUAGCUGGUCAAUCACCGCGUUCAAGGUCACUGGGAGUUCCAGUAGACCUGUAAUUUCCUAUAACAUUGCCAGUCACAAACGCGCCACCCGCCCCCUCAGACGAUCUUCCCACUGGCAGGAAUCAGGGUUCUUGAGCUUGGACAACUCAUUCGCUGGCCCAUUCUGCGGCCAAUUGCUAGGAGAUCAUCAAGUUGAACCGCCUUCAACCGGAGACCCACUACGAGUAUGGCGCGAGCUCGAUAUUGACGGAACGAGCCCUUGGUUCCGAAGCCUUGCGAGAAACAAAAAGAGCAUUGCUAUUGACCUGAGGAAACAGGAAGGAAGAGAAAUCGUGAAGCGGUUGGCUGUAAAAAGCGACGUCAUAGUCGAAAACUUUCAAGCCUGGAAGGUAUCUUUAGCUCUGGAAAAGUGGGGUCUUGGGCCACAGGAGUUACAUAAAGAGAAUCCCUCCCUGAUCUUCACCCGUGUCAGCGGAUAUGGUCAAACAGGUCCAUGGGCUUCGCGACCAGGAUAUGCGUCCGUAUGUGAAGCUGAACCUAACAUCAGUCUUGGUGACUCUGUCGCUGGUUUACACGCAGCGUUUGGCACUAGUGAGAGGCAAGUGCUGGCAUUGUUGUCGAAGCAGAAAAAGGCCUCACGAGGGGAGCAAGGUGGUGAGACGGUCGAUGUGAGCAUUAUGGAGAGCAUGUUGAACCUGAUGGAAGGCAUAAUUCCAGAGUAUGACCGUAAAGGCAAGAUCCGCGGACCAUCAGGUUCGUCGGUGACCGGCAUAGUUCCCACUAACGCCUACCCCUGCCUCCCAUUACCAUCAACACCCUCCUCGCCGACAUACAUAAUCAUCGGUGCAAAUGGAGAUACCCUCUACGCACGACUGAUGCGUGCCAUUGGUCGUGAAGACCUCAUAGGAGCGUCGUACGCUCACAAUCACCAUCGCGUCGCACGGCAAGGUGAGAUCGAAGAAGCCAUUUCAGCAUGGACCAGUCAGCGGCAGGUUGAAGAAGGCGCUAGCAUCCCUGUCGGACGUGUCGUCGGCGUGAAAGAGAUUGUGGAAAGCGAACAAGUAAAGGCCAGAGGAGCAGUGGAGGACGUAGAGGUUGGCAGGGAGGGAGAGGGAUGGAAAGUCAAGAUGCCGAGAGUUUUUCCUCUGCUCGAAGGCUGCGAUACGAAGACCAGAUGGGCAGGACCUGAUCUGGGUGCACAUACAGAGGAAAUCUUGGGAGAAUUAGGGUUGAACAUUGAAAGUAUCAUCCGGUUGAGAGAAGAGGGCGUUAUUGGUUGAGGGAUUCUUAAGCCCGGUAUCCAG